AUGGACACAGCUCGGGUAACGCAGAGCUCUGUGUCCCAGAAGAACCAGGAGGUCGUAGACCUCUACGACAAUUAUGUAGCCGGGGGCUUUGCCCCAUACCCGAUAGCCCUCGUCAGGGCCCAAGGGUCCAAAGCAUGGGACGUCGACGGGAAGGAGUACAUUGACUUUCUCUCCAUGUACUCAGUUACGAAUUUCGGCCAUAGCCAUCCCAAGAUCGUCGCCGCCGCUACAGAGGCCGCGUUCGGAUGCGCGGUGGUGAACAUGCCUUUCCACAACCCAUACUAUGGACAGCUGGCAAAGCGACUCCAUGAUCUGUUCGGUUACGACAAGUUCGUGGCUCUGACAAGCGGCGCAGAGGCCGCAGAUGCUGCUGUCAAGAUUGCUAGGAAGUGGGGAUAUUUGCGAAAGCGGAUUCCCGAGGGUGAGGCCUGGGUGCUGACGGCUGGCCGUUGUUACCACGGCGUGACCCUGAGCACGGUGGCGAUGAGGAGUGAGCAUCAGAAAAGUCCUCUCUUUGGGCCAUUGAUGCCAAAAGUCGGUCCGAUAUCGCCAGCUGGAAGAGAAAUACGCUUUGGUAACAUUGACGACGUCCGAGACGCCUUCGAGGUGGAUGGUGAGAGGAUCGCCGGUUUCAUGGUGGAACCUAUUCAGGGCUCGGCGGGCGUCAUCGUGCCACCCUCCGGUUACCUGAAGGAAAUUGAGCAGCUGUGUAGGAAGCACAACGUUCUUUUCAUUGCUGAUGAGGUACAGUGCGGCCUUGGAAGGUCCGGUGCGAACCUGGCACAUCACAGAUACGGUGUCCGUCCUGAUCUGGUAGUCGUGGCGAAAGCUUUGGCAGGAGGCAUGUAUCCACUUUCAGGAGUGAUAGGGGAUAAGCGCAUUAUGGACCUGCUGGACCCUUAUGAGAUUGGAUCAACCAUGGCAGCAACCCCAAUAGCAUGUUCAUCGGCGUUGGCGGCUCUCGAUGUGCUCGUCGAUGAAGACCUGGCCGGAAAAGCGAACCGCAUGGGGGAGCUGCUCAUAUCGACAUUGAAAACAGCGAACCCACCACACGUGGCCGGGUAUAUGGGUGCUGGCUUAUUUUGGGCUUUGAUCCUGGACAAAUCAACCAGAGUCACACCAAGGAGACUGGCAUCUUUGGCAGGACAGAGAGGUCUUCUCACCGGGGCGGCGGGACCAGACAGAAUUCGGAUAUGCCCCCCUCUCACGAUAUCGGUGGAAGAGAUGCUCAGAGGUGCGGAUAUCCUGAUUGGAGCGCUGAGAGACGUGGAAAGCGCUGGACCAUUGCCAGCAGAGUAG